UUUACCAUAUCUGCAGGUGAAGAGCCAGGUAGAACAGAAAAAUCAAAUACCACUACAUUGAUGGAAUUUGUUCUUUUGGGAUUUUCUGAUAUUCCCCAUCUUCAGUGGAUGAUUUUUGGAAUAUUCUUAUUCUUAUAUUUCAGUAUCUUGAUGUGCAAUAGCAUUAUUAUACUGAUAACMARAACUGACYCUGCUCUUCAAACUCCUAUGUAUUUUUUUCUUAGCAACUUUUCAGUGUUGGAAAUCUGUUAUGUAACAGCCACUAUGCCAAGAAUGCUCAUGGACCUUUGUACACAGAAAGGAACUAUUUCCUUUUAUGCCUGUGCUACRCAAAUGUGUUUUGUCCUCUUGCUUGGAGGCACAGAGUGCCUCCUCUUGACAGUGAUGGCUUAUGACCGCUAUGUGGCCAUUUGUAACCCUCUGCAGUACCCUGUAGUCAUGAGCCACAAGGUUUGCAUACAGCUAGUGGCUGCAUCUUGGGUCAGUGGAAUCCCUGUUGAAAUUGGGCAAACAUACCAGAUUUUCUCUUUGCCCUUUUGUGGRUCUAACAAAAUUAACCACUUCUUCUGUGACAUCCCCCCACUGCUCAGUCUUGCUUGUGGUGACACUUUUGUGAAUGAGAUGGCAGUGUAUGUGGUUGCAGUACUAUAUGUCAUGGUUCCAUUUAUCUUGAUCUCUGCCUCCUAUGSCAAAAUCAUCUCCAACAUUCUAAAAAUGUCAUCAGCCAGAGGGAGGGCUAAAGCCUUCUCUACCUGCUCUUCUCACCUGACGGUUGUGGUCUUGUUCUAUGGAACAGCUAGUAUCACUUACCUACAACCCAAGUCAAAUCAGUCUGAUGGAACAGGAAAACUGCUGUCUCUUUUCAGACGAAUCGAAGAGUACAUUCACAAAGACUUUUGUCUAAUGACAAAAAAUAUUGUUCACGGUAUAAAGAAAAAUGUAGUCAAUUUUCUGGUUCUGAGAGACACUCAGUAUCAGGAAAUUCCUAACUUUUCCCUUUUCCCCAUAAACCAGGCUGCAUGUUUGCUUGGCAUCAGAUGGCCUGUGCAGGAAAUCUGGACUUUAGGCUGA